GGAUAAGUUGAGAGCAGUAGGAAAAAAGGGAGAGGGGCAUCCAAUUCCUUGUUAAAGCCACAACCCACUUUCCCAGUCCUCUUCAAUUUCUUCAAAUGACAAGUCCGACCAAGGUGAUGAUCUUGGUAUUGCCAUUGCCAAAUUACCAUCAUCCUCGGCUGUCUCGUAAUUCCCACUUUCUCCAAACUUCUCUUUUAAAAAAACAGAAGAAAAACCCAAAAUUCUAAGUCCUAGUAAAAAAAACACACAAGUCUCGAGUCUUCUUUUAUUUAUUUUUCUAUUAGAUUCACUCUCACACUCACUCUCCUCUUCUCUUCUUCAAACUCCGUGAAAUAGGAAAAAAAAAAAAAAAAGCGUCCAAAACAGCCCAAAGCGAAUUAUAACUUUAUUUUUGCCUUUAUUUUUUUAUUUUUUUUAUUUUCUCUAUGCCAUGAAAAACUUCUCUUCUUCCUCUAACCACCGCCACCCGCCGCCGGCCGGUGGCCAUAAACCCUACACCACACACCACCACCCUCACAAUUACCAAAGCAACCACCAACCGAGACCCAAUUUUCAGCCAGUCAAUAACCAAAAUGUCGCCGCUACCCACCGCCACCACCCACGGCCGUUGCUUCCAACAAUUCCAAUAUCCUCCGCCGCCCAAACUUCGUAAUUCGACUCAUCGACGACUCUUCCUCCUCCCCCGCUAGGCCCAACGACCUCCAAACUUUAAUUUCCCAACUCAACCCAGCCCCCGAAAAUUCCCUAAUUCACCCACCGGAAAACCUCCGCUUCCCUGUUUUUCCGGGAAUGGAUCCACACCUCUCUUCCAUUCUCUCUCUCUGGCGUUCCCGCCUUGAUGGGUCCCACCAUUUUACUCCCAACCUUAUUUGCAACGUCCUUGUGCCUUCUGACAUGGUGGAACUCAAACAAAACCUUAAAACCCUUUUUUCCAACCAUAUAAAGGGAUUGAUGGAAGGGGACUUGGUUAAAAAAUGGAGAAGAAGAUCGAGGAAAAAUCAGAUGAGAUUGCUGGUGUGUCAGCACAAAUGGGUAAGCGGCAUAAUUCGAUGGGAGGAUUUUUUGAGUUGAAUGACAAGAAGAAAGGUUUGAUGGCGGAGAGGUCGAUGAUUUCAAAGCGGUUGAAGGAGUUUAAGGGAGGGAUGAGGAGUUUGUUGGGGUGUCUGGAAGAUGGGUAAUCGGAAUGUGGAAGAAGGGGAUGGUGUGAGGUUUUCAGGUUUGAUGGAGAGCUUGAUUGGGAGAGAUUUCAUAGGCUGAUUUUGAGGGAAUGCAGGAGGUUGGAAGAUGGUUUGCUAUUUAUGCUCAUAGGCAAGAGAUUCUCACUAAAAUACAUGGUGAACAGAUAAUGGUAUUGAUUGGAGAGACUGGUUCAGGAAAGAGCACACAGCUGGUCCAGUUUCUUGCUGAUUCAGGAAUUGCUGCUAAUGAGUCAAUUGUCUGUACUCAGCCACGAAAGAUUGCUGCUAUCUCAUUAGCACAAAGAGUUAGAGAAGAAAGCAUUGGAUGUUAUGAUGAUAAUUCAGUCGUAUGUUAUCCAACAUUUUCAUCUGCUCAACAGUUUAAUUCGAAGGUUAUAUAUAUGACGGACCACUGCUUACUCCAGCAUUAUAUGAAUGAUAGGAAUUUGUCGGGGAUUUCUUGCAUCAUUGUUGAUGAGGCCCAUGAAAGAAGUUUGAACACCGAUCUUCUUUUGGCAUUGGUUAAAGAUUUACUUGGUCGAAGGCUUGAGUUAAGGCUUGUAAUAAUGUCUGCAACGGCUAAUGCAGAUAAACUCUCAGACUACUUUUUUGGUUGUGGAAUCUUUCGUGUGAUGGGGAGACACUUUUCUGUUGAUAUUAAAUAUGUUCCUUGUGCAACCGAGGGAACUUCUGGCUCCGGUAUGGUUGCUUCAUAUGUUUCUGAUGUCAUAAGGAUGGCUGCUGAGGUUCACAAAACAGAGAAAGAGGGGACUAUUCUUGCCUUUUUGACUUCCCAGAUGGAAGUAGAAUGGACUUGUGAUAAUUUUGAAGCUCCAAACGCAGUUGCAUUACCAUUGCAUGGAAAGCUAUCCUUUGAAGAGCAGUUUCAUGUUUUCCAGAAUUACCCUGGGAAAAGAAAAGUUGUAUUUGCAACAAAUAUUGCAGAGACGUCACUUACAAUUCCUGGGGUCAAGUAUGUGAUUGAUUCUGGUAUGGUGAAGGAGAGUAAAUUUGAACCUGGCACUGGAAUGAAUGUUCUUAGAGUGUGCUGGAUCAGCCAGAGUUCCGCUAAUCAACGGGCUGGUCGUGCUGGGAGGACAGAACCAGGAAGAUGCUACAGACUAUACACAGCUAGUGAUUUUGAGUUGAUGCCUCCUAAUCAGGAGCCUGAGAUUCGCAGAGUUCAUCUUGGUGUUGCAGUUCUGAGGAUCCUUGCUUUGGGAAUCAAGAAUGUUCAGAGUUUUGAUUUUGUUGAUGCACCUAGUUCAAAAGCCAUUGACAUGGCAACUAGGAAUCUUAUCCAGUUGGGAGCCAUUAUUCAAAAGAAUGGUAUUCUUGAAUUAACUGAUGAAGGACGGUACUUGGUAAAAUUGGGGAUUGAGCCUCGUCUCGGUAAGCUGAUUCUCAGUUGCUUUCAUUGUGGCCUGCGUAGAGAGGGCCUUGUUCUUGCUGCUGUUAUGGCAAAUGCCAGUAGCAUAUUUUGCAGGGUGGGUAAUGAAGGUGAUAAGGUAAAAGCUGAUUGCCUUAAGGUGCAAUUUUGCCACCGGAACGGUGAUCUCUUUACUCUGCUUUCGGUGUACAAGGAAUGGGAAGCUCUCCCGCACAACAGGAAAAACAAAUGGUGCUGGGAAAACAGUAUAAAUGCUAAAUCAAUGCGGAGGUGCCAAGACACAGUCACUGAAUUGGAAAUUUGUCUGCAAAAGGAACUUUCUGUUAUUAUUCCAAGCUUUUUGUUAUGGGAUCCUCAUAAGUCUACUGAGCGUGAUAAAUUUUUGAAGGCAAUUAUACUGUCUUCCCUGGCUGAAAAUGUGGCCAUGUAUUCUGGAUACGAUCAACUUGGUUAUCAGGUGGCAUUGACUGGACAACAUGUUCGGCUACAUCCUUCAUGUUCAUUGCUGAUAUUUGGUCAGAAGCCGAGUUGGGUUGUUUUUGGUGAACUCUUAUCAAUAACUAAUCAGUAUUUGGUUUGUGUAACUGCUUUUGAUUUUGAAUCUUUAGCAACACUUCAUCCUCCGCCCCUGUUUGAUGCAUCUAGGAUGGAAAGCAGAAAGUUGCAAGUGAAGGCAGUGACUGGUUUUGGUAGUACACUACUAAAAAAAUUCUGUGGGAAAUCCAACCAUAAUCUUCGAUCUCUUGUAUCACGGAUUAGGACUGCCUGUAUGGACGAACGGAUUGGUGUUGAAGUCAAUGUUGAUCAGAAUGAGAUUCUGCUGUUUGCUUCGUCAAUGGACAUGCAGAAGGUUCUGGCCUUGGUAAAUGAGGUGCUGGAAUGUGAAAGGAAAUGGUUACUUAAUGAAUGCAUGGAGAAAUGUUUAUUUCAUGGACAGUGUGCCUCACCAUCUAUGGCACUUUUUGGAGCCGGUGCUGAGAUUAAGCAUCUUGAAGUUGAUAAGAGAUGUCUGACUCUUGAUGUAUUUCAUUCAAAUGUGAAUGGCCUUGAAGAUAAGGAGCUUUUGAUGUUCUUUGAGAAAUAUUCUAAUGGUAGUAUUUGUUCUGUCCAUAAAUCUCAAGCCAGUGGACAUGAGAGUGAUGACAAGGAAAAAUGGGGCAAGAUAACGUUCCUAAAUCCUGAUGCUGCCAGAAAAGCUGCUGAGCUGGAUGGAGUUGACUUUGCUGGCUCUGCAUUGAAGGUACUUCCUUCACGGACAUCGUUUGGAGCUGAUCAUAAGAUGUUCUCGUUCCCUGCUGUCAAAGCAAAAGUUUAUUGGCCUCGCAGGCUGAGUAAAGGGUUUGGAAUUGUUAAAUGUGAUCUGCUUGAUAUUGGUUUCAUUAUUGAUGAUUUCUCUAGUCUGGUAAUAGGGGGAAAAUAUGUUCGCUGUGAAGUUAGCAGGAAAUCUGUUGAUGCCAUAGUGAUAUACGGAAUUGAUAAGGAGCUUUCUGAAGCUGAAGUUUGGGAUGAACUACAGACGGCAACAAAAAGGAAAAUCCAUGAUUUUUUCCUGGUGAGAGGAGAUGCUGUGGAAAACCCGACAUGUAGUGCUUGUGAAGAGGCACUCCACAGAGAAAUAGCCCCCUUUAUGCCUAAAAGGACUCCCCAUGCAAAUUGUUGCCGGGUUCAGGUUUUCCAGCCUGAACCAAAGGAGAGUUUCAUGAAAGCCUUGAUCACCUUUGAUGGAAGAUUACAUUUGGAGGCUGCAAAAGCUUUAGAACAGCUAGAGGGGAAAGUAUUACCUGGAUGUCUGUCAUGGCAGAAGAUAAGGUGCGAGCAAGUGUUUCAUAGCUCUAUAUCCUGCUCAUCAUCUGUCUAUGCUGUUAUUAGGAAGCAACUGGAUUCUUUACUAGCAAGCUUCAGACAUCUAAAAGGUGCAGGUUGCUACCUAGAGGCAAAUGGAAAUGGUUCCUAUCGGGUGAGAAUAUCUGCCAAUGCCACCAAAACCGUGGCAGAGUUGAGAAGGCCUGUGGAAGAGCUGAUGAAUGGUAAGACUGUAAAUCAUGCCAGCCUCACUCCCUCCAUACUGCAGCAUCUGUUCUCUAGAGAUGGCAUCACUCUGAUGAGAUCAUUGCAGCGAGAGACAGGAACCUACAUUUUUUUUGACAGGCAUACUCUCAAUAUAAGAAUCUUUGGCUCUCCAGAUGAUGCUGCUGUGGCCCAGCAAAAAUUGAUUCAAUCCCUUUUAUCCUACCAUGAGAGCAAGCAGCUUGAGGUCAAACUUCGUGGUCGGGGUCUGCCUCCUGACCUGAUGAAGGAAGUGGUAAAGAAAUUCGGGCCAGAUCUCCAUGGGCUCAAAGAGAAGGUGCCUGGCGCUGAGUUUGCUCUUAGCACCAGGCAUCAUGUUAUUUCAAUUCGUGGUGACAAAGAGAUGAAGAGGAAGGUAGAAGAGAUUGUUCUUGCGAUCGCAGAGACAGGUAAACAUUUAGCUGAGAGAUCUGAUAGUGAGGUUACCUGCCCCAUUUGCUUGUGUGAAGUUGAAGAUGGCUACCAGCUUGAAGGCUGUUCCCAUUUCUUCUGUCGUUUGUGUUUGGUAGACCAAUGUGAGUCUGCCAUCAAAAACUUGGAUAGUUUUCCGGUAUGCUGUGCCUACCAAGGUUGUAAAGCUCCCAUAUUGCUUGCUGAUUUGAAGUCUCUCCUGUCAACGGAGAAGUUAGAGGAACUCUUUAGGGCUUCUUUAGGGGCAUUUGUUGCAUCCAGUAGGGGCACCUAUAGAUUUUGUCCGUCUCCUGAUUGCCCGUCAGUGUAUCGUGUUGCUGAUCCUGAGACUUUUGGUGAGCCUUUUGUCUGUGGAGCAUGUUAUGCAGAGACUUGUACUAGGUGUCACCUGGAGUAUCAUCCAUAUCUGUCGUGUGAGAUGUACAAGGAAUUCAAGGAAGAUCCAGAUUCAUCUUUGAAAGAGUGGUCCAAAGGAAAAGAGCAGGUGAAAACUUGCCCAGUCUGUGGAUAUACAGUUGAGAAAAUCGAUGGUUGCAACCAUGUUGAAUGUAAGUGUGGGAGGCAUGUUUGCUGGGUCUGUUUGGAGUUCUUUAGUAGCAGUGAUGAUUGUUAUAGCCACUUGAGGGCUGUUCACAUGGCUAUCAUCUAAUUUUAACCUAUCUCACAUUUUUUGUCGUA